AUGGGUCUUUUCAAGAUUAUCCCGACGCAAAAGAACAAAGAAAAAUCACAAGCCACUGCGUCCGAAGACCAGCCUGAUGUAGUCUCGACUGUCAUUGGUGACUACGGGCGUUGGCAACUCCUCAUGACAUUUCUUUUAGCUAUGUUUUCAUUCCCGUGUACAUUCCACAUUUACUUGCCAACGUUUACGGCUAAAUCUACAACAUUUUGGUGUCGACUACCUGAUAGUCUAGCGGGUCUACCCAUCCAAGAUUGGAUUAAUUACAGUCAACCAGUCGACGCGUGUUACGUUCGAGAAUUGCCUGAUGGCAUUACCGCGGAAGGCAUCCUGAAUCACACGGCACCUGUUCUAGAUACGUACCAGAAGUGCCAACAGUGGGACUUCGACCGUUCCGAAAUCGGGGAUACUAUCAUAUCGGAAUGGAACCUGGUUUGCGACAGAUCAGGAUUGACCAAUCUAGCCGAAGUGGUGUUCUUGAUUGGCGUCGGAAUAGGCGGUGUUGUGGGUGGAUGGAUUUCUGACAAAUUUGGAAGAAAACGCAUCCUUAUGGGCAUGAUGAUUUGCCAGUGUACCCUCGCCAUUGCUUCAUUACUCGUGGGGUCUUACAUCCAAUACGUCAUAGUACGCCUAAUAAUGGGCCUGGUUUCGGUUUCCGUGGUGUAUGCCGCAUUUGUGCUCUCCGUCGAGCUCGUUGGUGGCAACUGGGUGACGAUUGCUGGUGUUUGCAACUUCUUCCCUCUACCUCUGGCCUAUGUAAUUGUAUCGCUGCUGUCCCUACUCCUGCCGAAUUGGAGAGAUUUGCAACUGGCGGUCUCCCUGCCCGGAUGUUUGUUGUUAUUGUUAUGGAUCGUGCUGCCGGAAUCACCGCGAUGGUUAAUUAGCAGGGGGCGAAUUCAAGAAGCGAAAGAGAUAAUUGUAAAAGCGGCGAAAUUCAACAAACGCGAAGUGCCGGACGAUAUGGACAAAUUGAUGAUCCUGAGCAAGCCCGACACUGAGGUCGAGCAACCCAGCGUUCUCAUGCUGUUCCAAGGAGCCCUCCUGAAGCGCACGUUCUGCCUGUUCCUCGCGUGGUUCUCCAUGACAAUCGCCUACUACGGCCUAUUGUUGAACAUCGGCAACUUCAACUUGGGCAACCUGCACGUGACGUCCAUCAUACUCGCCGUAGUCGAGAUACCGGCGAUCGCUAUGAGCAUCCCGAUAUUGCUGAAAGCCGGCAGGAGGAUACCAAUUUUCAUCAGCAUGCUAGCGUGCGGACUGGCAUGCGUCGCGAGCGAACUGUUCUCUAUAUCGUUCGACGACGACUGGAUCAUGAUCGCGUGCCUGAUGGUGGGCAAGUUUGCGAUUGGUGCGACGAACAUGAUGAUGCCGAUAUUCACGGCGGAACUAUAUCCGACUCUGAUCAGGAACCUGGGCGUUGGCGCCAGCCAAGUGGCGGCUGGGUUUGCGCUGAUAUGCAUCCCGUAUUUGUGGGAGUUGACCCUUUUGAAUGAACAUCUGCCGAUGGUGACCAUAGCAGCAUUAAGUGCAGUAGGAGGCGGGAUCGUACUGCUUCUACCGGAUACGACAACAAUUAGCGAUAACAAAAAAACUAAUUUCGACAACUCUGCGCCAUGCAAUGGGACUUUUACUAUUACCGACAGAGGUCAC